GCAGAGAUGCAGAUCUUUGUGAAGACCUUGACGGGCAAGACCAUCACUCUAGAGGUCGAGCCCAGUGACACCAUUGAGAAUGUCAAAGCUAAAAUCCAAGACAAGGAGGGCAUUCCACCUGACCAGCAGCGUCUGAUUUUCGCGGGCAAACAGCUGGAGGAUGGCCGCACUCUGUCAGACUAUAAUAUCCAGAAAGAGUCCACCCUGCACCUGGUGCUUCGUCUGCGAGGUGGCAUCAUCGAGCCUUCCCUUCGCCAGCUCGCUCAGAAAUACAACUGCGACAAGAUGAUCUGCCGCAAGUGUUACGCUCGCCUGCACCCCCGUGCUGUCAACUGCCGCAAGAAGAAGUGCGGCCACACCAACAACCUGCGCCCCAAGAAGAAGGUCAAAUAA